CUUGGCGCUACCAGCUGCAGGAGUUCAAGAGGCAGUUCCGGGUGGUGGCGCUGGACCUGCGGGGCUAUGGGGGUUCGGACGCCCCGCGCGGGAAGCAGCACUACCGGAUGGAGGCCCUGCUGGAGGACGUGCAUGGUGUCAUCCAAGUGCUGGGCACCAAGGACCAGAAGGGCUUUACCAAGUGCAUCCUGGUGGGGCAUGACUGGGGUGGUACCAUCGCGUGGAAGUUCGCCAUGAAUCACCCCGACAUGGUGGAGAAGCUCAUUAUCAUGAAUGCCAUCCACCCGGCCAUGCUUAAAGAGUACGUAGGAGGCCACCCCUGCCAGCUGCUGCGCUCCAUCUACAUAUUCAUAUUCCAGCUGCAGAGGCUGCCUGAGCUGCUCUUGUCUUUGGGUGACUUCCAGCUGUUGAAGGACACUUUGGCAGGCAGGAAGGGAGGAAUCCAGAACCCUGAGCGGCGCCUGACGACACAGGAGCUGGAGGCCUACGUGUUCAGCUUCUCCAAGCCCGGAGCGCUGACGCCACCCCUCGAUUACUACAGGAACAUGUUCAGCAGGAGCUCCAUGCAGUGCAAGGACGUGCUGGUGCCCACGCUGGUGAUCUGGGGGGAGAAGGACAUGUACCUGGAGGCUGGGAUGAUCCCCCUCCUGGAGCAGUAUGUGCGCAAGUGCUGCCGCGUGCGGCGCAUCCCUGAGGCCAGCCAUUUUGUCAGCGAGGACCAGCCCGACAAGGUCAAUCAGCUGAUCUGGCAUUUCCUGCGGGAGAGUGACUGAGCGGGCCCUAUUUACUGGCUUGGGUGUGGCAAGGCAGGGACCUGAUCCUGGCAAACAAGCCCCGGACCCUCCACUGGGCCAAGCCCCCGCCCCCCACACUAAUUGGUCUUGUGCCUGGGGUACCAUCCCUCCAGCAGCAGGUCACCCCUCCAGAUCCUGCCUGAGCCCUCCUGCAGAGAGGAGCCCUGAGCUCCCAGACAUAUAGGUAGGGCCCUACCAAAUUCACGGUCCAUUUUGGUCAAUUUCAGAAUCAUAGGAUUUAAAAAAAAUAAAAAUAAAAAUCAUGAUUU